AUGUCAGCUGUCAAUGACACCAACUUCAACUCUGCAGUGUUCCUUCUCACCGGCAUACCUGGGCAGGAAGACGUCCAUCUCUGGAUCUCUAUCCCCUUCUGCUUAAUGUAUGUUAUUUCAAUAGUAGGAAAUUCAGUCAUUCUGUUCAUUGUAAAAACAGAUCCAAGCCUCCAUGAGCCCAUGUACAUUUUCCUUUCCAUGCUGGCCACCACAGACAUUGGCUUAUCAAUAGCCACCAUACCAACGAUACUGGGCAUAUUCUUGUUUAACUCUAGGGAGAUCAGCCUCAGUGCCUGUUUUGCCCAGCUCUUCUUCAUCCACUCGCUUUCAUUCAUUGAAUCCUCCAUGGUGUUGCUGAUGGCCUUUGACCGCUUUGUCGCAAUCCGUGACCCGCUGAGAUAUGCUUCCAUCUUAACUCCACUGAGAAUAGCUAAAAUGGGACUGGUGUUUAUGCUAAGAUCGGUGGUCCUAAUAUUCCCACUCCCUUUUCUCCUGAAACGGUUCCAAUACUGUCAAGCCAAUGUCCUCUCCCAUUCCUACUGCCUGCACCAGGAGGUCAUGAAGAUGGCUUGUUCAGACAUCACAGUCAACAGCAUCUAUGGCUUGUUCAUAAUAGUCUUCACAGUGGGGUUGGACUCAUUGUUCAUUUUUCUGUCUUAUGUGAUGAUCCUCAAAACAGUGCUGAGCAUCGCAUCCCGCGCAGAGCGCCUCAGGGCCCUGAACACCUGUGUCUCGCACCUCUGCGCCGUCCUGGUCUUCUAUACAUCAUUGAUCAGCCUGGCUGUGAUACACAGGUUUGGGAACAGCUCUUCUCACUUGCUUCAGAUUUUUGUGGGCUACGUCUACAUGCUGGUCCCACCCCUGAUUAAUCCAAUCGUGUACAGCAUGAAAAGCAAACACCUUCGUGUGAGGAUAAUCAGGGCAUUCGUCAAGUGAUGGAUCAGUUCAUCACCUGGCUCCAUGGGAGAUAUGGGAGACAAAAACACAAGGAAUGUCAACAGCCACUUAUUCCUUCCUGGAUCCUAUUCCCCUGGGUCCUCUCCCUCUUCCCCAUCUCCUCCCCGAAUCCCUACCUCUACUA